AUGAAUUCGGUCACCAAGCCUCCGAAAAGCCCCUCUAAGCCAAUGGCCGGCAAAGCCGGAGCCAAGAAAGCGCCUCCCGCGCCCGCCGCCGAGUCCAAGGCGGCGAAUCCGCCUGCGGUUAAGCCCCCCGCCAAAGGGGGCCCUGCUGCAGGUGCAAGCAAGGUCUCGAAGCCGCCGGUUAAAGCGUCACCUGCCGCGACCGUCGGGCCUGUUGGGGCUAAAGGGCCUGUUGGGGCUAAAGGACCUGUUGGGGCUAAAGGACCUGUUGGGGCUAAAGGACCUGUUGGGGCUAAAGGCCUUGUUGGGGCUAAAGGUGAGAACCUGGAGCCGAAGCAGGUGGCUCUGAAGCCGGCUACGAAACCGGUUGUUGGGGGUGGCGGCAAGGCGGUGGUGGGGGGUGAGUUAGGGGGCGGGGCAUUGGAGAAGAACCCGUGGUUGAUGGACGGGUUGAAGUGGGACAUUGAUUUGCUGCGUGCGGAUAUCGGAGCGGAGUGGGAACGGAGUGUGACAGAGUUAUCGAAGAUGGCGAAGCCAUGGCAGUUACGAAGUCGGUUUGGUUCAUUGGCUGGUGCAAGUAAGACGGGUAUAAAUUUGAUAGUAGCUUCGCACGUGUUGGAUCAGAUAAUUGGGAGGCUGCGGGCUGAUUGGAGGCCAUUGGUGCUGCGGGACAAUCCCAAGUUGGAGUCGGUACCGGACCGGACAUUGGCUUUGCAUAGUGAGUUGUGGCGGCAGGAAAGGCCGGGUCUGAUUUUGCGCCCUAUCACUUGGUUCCAUGAGCCGCGUGAAGUUUACAUCAAGUUUGCUUACUAUUUGAGAGGGCCGGAAGACGUGUUGCCACCACGCAAACCUUUGCCGACCAAACGUAAGCGGCAAUAUACCAAGUUCUUGAAGGAAGAUGUGGCCGCCAUUCAGCAGGCUAUAAUGGAACAUGCACUUAAACCUCGAGCGGCCGACGAGGCAACUCGAAACCAAGAGCAAGCUCCCGACACUUCCACCACCAAAGUUAUCGGCAAGACCGUACCCGCAAAGGAAACCAUUGCCGAAGGUCUAAAACUUGGCGCACUGAAACUUUCACCAGACAUAAAACUUACCUCACUACAAAUAAAACGAGCUGGCGAAUCAGUCAGCGCCAGCGUUCGAGAAACAGCACCAGAACAUGCAGCUGAAGAAGAGGAUACCGCUAAACAAAAAUGGAAAGUUAUCGAAUCCAAGGUCGCUGCUAAGAAACACGUUCAACAAAAAAAGAUCGAAGUAGCAGCACCCACUCUCAAGAAAAUACAACUAAAAAUGAAAGGCAAAAAGACGACUGUAGCCAAGGCACCCACCAGCCCACGCAACAACAGCCCACGAAGCAACAACGAACAACCAAAAACACUAAGUCCAAAAAACAAAGGACCAAAAAUGCUUGGACCAAAAACACUUGGAGCGGAUACCGCCAAAACAACUGGAAUGGAAGCCACAGGACCCAAAAUCAAACCCAAGAUGGCACCAGCCAAAAAGGCGGGCAAAGCCGGAUAG